AUGAACCCCGGCGACAGUCGCGGCAUUCACCCGGACGAGGAGCUGUUUCUUAACAACUCCUCGAACAAGCCCGACGAGUCGCCCAGGGUCGAGCCCUUGAGAAUCAACAAGAGAGAUUCGGCCUCCCCUGCAUCGGCCACCAGUCCACCCAACGCUCCGUUGCCUUAUCCCGAUGACAGACCUCGUCCCCAAAUGCGCAGCUCGUCUUCGAAUGAUGGCCGUCCCACUGGCCCAACUAGAUAUGGGGUCUCCGCCCGCCCAGAUGCGCCAGAUCGGGAAGCGUUGGCAGCCAGACAAUACCCUCGUCCUCCAGCGGCUGUUCCCGCCCCGACAAAUGUGGCGCCGGAGGGGCAUCAGUAUGAUUAUCGCCAACAGUACUUCCCACCCCCUCAGCGCACCAACUCGCGCCCUUCUUCCGCCCGGCCUCCUUCUACUCUUCAUGCUCCACAAUCUACCGGGCUUAAUCGAAUCAAUUCGACUGCUUCCACCUCCACCACUCGCGCUGAGCGCGGAUCUCCACCGCCGCCAGAGACACCGAUAGUGGGCCCGGGCCAGCAUCCUACUUCAGACAUUGAAGCUCGUUAUGCUGCAUCUGGAAUUGCUGGCACGGGAACGCUUGCUGGUCUACAGUCACAGAGCGUUGCAGCGCAAACACGCGCAGCACAGUAUGCUGGACAGCAGCCUAAUCAACCGCAGCAGCCCGCGCCGCAAAGACCAUGGACACCCACUGAACAGCCAGGCUCGCAGCCACAUGGUCCACCUACAGUGUACCAAGGUGCAGAUGUUGUCAGUGGUGAUAACCAAACUCCAGUUCAUCCACUACAACAGAGCAGCCCCUCGCCGCAGCCCCAACCCGCGGGGACACCCCCUCAGCCUCAGCAGCCCCAUUUUCAGCCGCAACCACAGCAACAUCAGUCACCACAGUCCCGUAUUCCACCCAACGCCUUAGAACAAGAUCUCGAUCGAAUGCGCUUAAGCUCAUCUCCCCCGCCUGCCUACUCAAGUGUUUCUGCAUCUGCGCCUAGAAACAACUACCCACCGGAAAAGCGCAGCGAUGCUACUGGAGCCGCCGUCGGAGCGGCCGCCGGAGCAGCUGCCGGUUCUGCCAUGGGAGAGCAUCCAGCAAAUAUAAGCCAACCUCACCCUGCUAUGGCCGCAGCCACUUCUCCAGCCCCCACGGUUUCAUCACAGGAUCAUCCGGCCUUUGCCAAUGACCCUCGUCAGCAGCCUCAGUUGACACAAUCACCACAGAGCUUCAUGUCUAAUGGAAAACCUAGUACUUACCAACAGGCUCCCCAAGUAGUUCAAGUGACUUCACCUGGACCGGCUUCUGGACUUCCACCGGCAUCUCCCCCGCCUCUCCCGGAGGGUUGGAUUGCGCACAUGGAUCCAAAUUCUGGCCAGUACUACUACAUCCACUUGGCAUCACAGUCCACUCAGUGGGAGUUUCCGAAGGGUCCCACGCCAUUAAAUCUCAACGAGACUCCUAUGUCACCCAUUGGCAGUGUGUACAGUAGUCAUCCUAUGGCAUCACCGGGGCUAUCAGCUUUUGGGAAACCCAUGGCUUCUCCCGGCGUUCCACUAACCCCAGGUUUCGAGAGCCUCCAAUCUCCUAUGGUAGGCUUUUCUGGACCUCCACCAAGCAGCGGGAUGGAGAUGUAUAAGACUGCUCCUACAAAUGGUGUUUAUUUCGGUCCGUACCUGCGAUACACGAAUAUGGAUAUCGAUCGUGGAAUUUGGCUCGGCUCCAUCCUUCUGGUGACUGAUGCCGCGCAGCCUCCUACCAUUCACCUUCACCAGAGUGCUGAUCUGUCUCCCAACCCAAGACAGUUGAAAGCGGUCAAUAUUGCGGUCCAUCAACGCUGGACAUUCUACAAGUAUGAUGUUGACAUUCAAAUGGAGGAAAUGGGACCCGCAAAAUGGACUUAUGCAAUUACUUCACACCUAGGUUGCACCCGCUACGAGUUCCUUGUCGCCGGCCGACAUGAGACUAACUGGCGAUUUAUUGCGACAUCUGGAAAUGACUUUUCGAUCAACGUCAACGCCAAUGAGCGAGCUCGCCUUGGUGGCGUGGGCGUCAUGUGGAAGGACAUUAUGCAAAAGCACAAUGAAAUUGGUGGAUUCCAUGCGCAGUUGUGUCUGGGCGGACAAAUAUAUGCAGAUCGCAUGUGGAAGGAAAUCCCAUGCCUCAAACAGUGGCUGGCAAUCAGCGGAAAAGAAGCCAGAAAGAACGCUCCGUGGACUGCGGCAAAUCAACAAGAUGUAUCCCAUGCAUACUUCCACUACUAUACCAGUCACUUUGACCAGCCACACCUCCGGGAAUCAUUUGCUCAGAUCCCCUACAUCAGCCAGAUCGAUGAUCAUGACAUCUUCGAUGGAUUCGGUUCCUAUCCUGAACACAUGCAAUUUUCAAACAUGUUUAAAAACAUCGGCCGCAUCGGUAUCGAGAUGUACCUUCUUUUCCAGCACCACACCACCUUAGACAUUCUCCGCAACGUGAAUAAUGAUUUGGAUCUCUUCACUAUCACUGGCACUGGCUGGCACUUUGUCAAAUAUCUUGGUCCCGGUGUUGUGGUUGUUGGACCUGAUUGUCGGUCAGAACGCAACCCUCAUCAGGUCAUGGCUGGUCCCACAUAUCAAGGACUAUUCCCAAAGAUCGCCAUGUUGCCGUCCAGUGUACAGCACUGUCUGUGGAUGAUUUCUGUGCCACUUAUCUACCCUCGACUGGAGACUGCUGAACACAUUGCCCAAACUGUUGCUACUGGAAAGCGGGCUGUGACCGGAACUUAUAACUUGCUGGGCAAGGUCACCAGCUCAGUGGCUGGUGUGGUAGGAGCCAAGGACUUUGUUGGUUCUGGCUUCGAAUCAGUCAAGCGAGCUGUUGGCAAGUCUGGUCUGAUGGGUGGGAUCCUGAGCCCAUUUGGCGAGUUUGAUCUCAUGGAUGAGCUGCGGGACCAAUGGACUCACGAAUCCAAGGACCUUGAACGGACCUAUCUUAUCCGUACACUGCAGGGUAUAGCCCAUCAGAAAUCCGUCCGCAUGACUUUCCUCUCCGGCGCUGUCAAUGUAUGCGGUGCCGGUCUUGUUCAUGAUCCGAGCCAACCCUCCGACCAUAAGACCAUGUACCAGCUGAUUUCAUCUCCUUCUGUCAACACCCCACCCCCAUCUUACAUUAUCAAGAUGCUCCAUAGUAACAGCAAGCCCCUGUACAUCCCCGCCAAUGGCCAUCGGUCCUCAUCUCAACCUACCGAUACCAAAGAGGACAUGAUGGAGAUAUUCCAGACCGACACCAAUGGGCAGGCUCGCGAGCACCGCAAGCUCAUGGGUCGAAGGAAUUACGUUGCCAUCGUCGCUUACGACCCCGAGGUUGUUGCUGCUACUCCUUACGGUUCACCUACUCCACAGUCUAGGCCUAAGCUUAGCCUGGCCGCUGACUUCAUGGUCCAAGGCGAUGGGGCCUAUGCAACUGUGGUCAAAUAUGGGCCUGUCAUUGUGCCAAGUCUGGAACAUGGUCGGUGA